AUGGGCUAUAGAAAUGUAUCGUCCCGGAGACUAUACUCUACGUUGAAAGAGACAAUACGAAUCAAAAGUGCACACGGGAACAUCGACGGGGAGUCCUGGAAAGGACUACAGAGAGUUGUACCGGCUUACAGUGACACUAUACACCCGUUUUAUGGCCCCAAUGUUGCAGAAAGAGCGAUUUUGAGUAGUACUGAGGACUGCCCGGUUUUGCUGGAUGGGUGCAAAAUAGUUCCUGCAAUCAUCAAGCAUCCCCGUGACCACACACCGACGCUUGUAAACGGACGAUGGAUAUUCAAAUCUGGCCAUGGCGUGAGCAAAUGGCUUGAGGACUUUCGUGCUGUUGAAGCAGCGAAUGGCACUCCUUUUGCGGUGAUCGAGGAUCGCGACGUUGAACAAAUUCUUCGACCCAGCCGUUUGAAUCCAUCGCAAUUCCCGGACCUCCAGAAAUUCGCAGAGCUGUAUCGACAGCAGGAUGCUGCUGCACCAGACAGUGUCUUGAUCUCUGGGCUUAUAGAAUCGCUCACGUCUCUUCCGGUGAUCAAGGUUUUCAGCGAAGAAGUUUUUCUGUACAUUCUACAGCACUAUUGCAGUUCUAAACACGGCGUCGUCGGUGUGGCACACUCGAUAGUUCAAUUUCUGCAUAAAGACAUCGACGACAUCAAGGUGGCAGAGCUGCUCGUCUUGCAACUGUUGGUGACCAUAAAAAAAAACCAAAUAGCAGCGGACUCUCAGGUUCCUAAGGCAGUUUUCGAGCUCAUCAGGGCGAUUUCUGAACGGUUCAACAAACAAAACUGUGUCACCGAUUUCUCUCCUGCAACCACGCAAGUAGUACUAGAACUGUACCUCGACUCCGGUAGUCUGAACGAGGCAAAAGUGCUGUUUGCCCAUUUGAUAAACCAACACAUAUGUCCACAGAGCAUACUUCUAGAGAAGUACUUACUACUGGUGGACGAAAAGUUUGGCUCUGCCGGUUCGUCCGAUGACCUAUUAAAAAAGUUUGCCUACAUCUCAGACGUCAAACGUAUUCUAGAGACCGCCAUUACGCCAACUUCAGCGUCGCUGCUAAUUCCAUAUUGCCGUCAUUUCGACGAAGUGAUAUCGUUGCUGGAUAUAAUAAGUCACUCCAAGAUGAUGAAGCAAAUCUGGGAUCACACGUUGCCUCAGCUGAUACGAAGAGUCUCGCUUCUUGGGGACGAUGUUGAAGUAAACUCUUGCAAUCUGAGCAUUUUGUUGCAGAGGGCACAGCAACUUUACGGGGAGACGCUCUCUAACAAAGUGUUGCAAGCAUUCAUCGUUCAAUUUGCGGUGAAUGGAAAUUUUACAAUGGUGUCAAAUUUGAUCAGCAGGCUUGAAGGAACGAUCAGUGCUAACUUUAGUGCCAGCAUACUAGACACAUCGUUUUACAAACAAAACCAAAGUUCUCUACCGGGCUUCAGCUCGCACGACAAACGCGAGUUCAUCAAAAAUGAGGUUUUUCCUCGCUACAAGGAAUUGUCAGCAGCCGGCAAAAUCCUUGUGCUGAAUAGUGCGGACACGGAAGAGAUUUUUGAGCCACUUCUGCGAAUUGAGUCCCAGAAUGAAAAGAACGGCAAAAAGUCGAUAUUGCAUGAUGCUAUACACAAGGCCGAAUCUUACGGUUUUCAUUCUCUAAUUGAAAAAUACUCUCACUAG